UCAUUUCACUCACUAUACCACUACCAUGGCGGUCUACAAAGGGUCCUGUCUCUGCGGCGCCAUUACCUACACUCUGACUGGUGAGCCUGUCACAACAGUACUCUGCCAUUGCAGGAAUUGCCAAAAGUCGUCCGGCUCUUCCUUUCAAGCCAAUUUAUUCUACAAGCAAGAGGUAGAUAGCCUAUUCAUCAGCAGUUGGCGCAAACAGCAACUCGACUAA